CAGUUGAGGAACCAUACAAUUUUAUCACAGAGCAUGUCCUUCAAGUUCACGUGAUGAAAGCUAUGGCAUAACAUGUGAGCAAGGCCACUGUUUCUCUUGUGAACCUCCUUAGCUUAGCCUCUCCCUUUACUGCUCUGUCUCUGUAAUCUCCAUUUCUUUGUAGUUUAUAAGACAUUUACCGCCUAAAAUAGCAGAAGCAGUGAGGCUAAGCUCCCCAUUUCCAUUUUUUACGACAUGGGUUUUUUAAGCAACAACAGAAUCCAACGAGUUUUUUCUUUCUUGGGUUUCUAUGUUUUCUUUCUUCUUAUUUGCCCUAAUGACUUGGCUCUUUCUUACGAUGGGCCCUUAUAUGACUACACUGCUUACUCUGAGUGUAAAUCAGUACCAGAAAAGCCACUUUAUAAUGGAGGGAUUUUGAAAGAUGUAAAUACAGUUUUGAAGCUUAAUAGCAAACGUUACUCCACAGUUACUUAUACUACACCAGCUCUGAUACUGCAUAAUCUCACUCAAGAUACCAUUUACUGUUUUUCCAUUUGGAUCAAAGCAGAAGGUGCAGAUUCCAGCCUUGUAACUGCAAGCCUAACCGCAGAAAAUGCCACAUACAAUUGUGUGGGGACUGUUCUGGCAAAAAGUGGAUGCUGGUCAUUUCUUAAAGGUGGAUUUAUUCUUGAUUCCCCUUCAAAUUUAGCAAUAAUAUAUUUUAAGAUUAAUAUGCAGAGUUCAGAUGAUGAAAAUAUCAGUAUUGGAAUUGCUAGUGGUUCACUGCAACCAUUUACCUAUCAACAGUGGAGAACAAAUCAGCAAUAUAUAACUAAUACUGUAAGGAAGCGUGCUGUCACAAUCCAUGUGUCUGAUAGUCAUGGUGAUAGAUUGCAAGGAGCAGCCAUUAAAAUAGAGCAAAUCUCAAAUGAUUUCCCAUUUGGUUCAGCUAUAGCAAGAACUAUUCUCGGCAAUGAGCCGUAUCAGAAAUGGUUUGUCGAGCGAUUCAAUGCAGCAGUAUUUGAAAACGAACUAAAAUGGUAUGUGACAGAACCUGAACAAGGGAAGCUCAAUUAUACCAUACCAGAUCAAAUGUUAGAACUUAUUAGAGCAAACCAAAUAAGUGUUAGAGGACACAACAUAUUCUGGGAAGAUCCUAAGUACACACCCGCAUGGGUUCGCAAUCUUUCAAGUGAUGCAUUGAAAUUAGCAGUCAACUCGCGAAUCCAAAGCCUAAUGAGCAAAUACAAGGAAGAGUUUAUACACUGGGAUGUUAGUAAUGAAAUGUUACAUUUUGAUUUUUAUGAGCAAAGGCUUGGUCCAGAUGCUACUUUGCAUUUCUUUGAGACUGCACAUAAAGUUGACCCUCUAGCAACAUUGUUCAUGAAUGAGUUUAAUGUGGUAGAGACAUGUAGUGAUGUGAAUUCAACUGUCGAUACAUAUAUUUCAAGGCUAAGAGAACUAGAGCUUGGAGGAGUAUUCUUGGAUGGAAUUGGAUUAGAGAGUCAUUUUUCGGCACCAAAUCUUCCUCUAAUGAGAGGUAUCCUAGACAAAUUGGCUACACUUGAUCUUCCUAUUUGGCUUACAGAAGUUGACAUUAGCAAAAACUUCAAUUACGAAACUCAGGCUAUAUAUUUAGAACAAGUGCUAAGAGAAGGAUUCUCACAUCCUGCAGUAAAUGGAAUCAUCCUGUGGACUGCACUCCAUCCGAAUGGGUGUUACCAAAUGUGCCUUACUGAUAAUAAUUUUAAAAACCUUCCAGCAGGAGAUGUAGUUGAUAAGCUACUGCAAGAAUGGAGAACUGGAGAAAUGAAUGGGUACACAGAUGAACAGGGUUCACAUAGUUUUUUUGGAUUCUUAGGUGAAUACAGAAUUAGUGUUGCAUUUGGCAAUAGAACAGCAAAUUCAACAUUCUCUCUCAGUAGAGGUGAUGAAACUAAGCAUUUUAACAUUCAAUUGUAACCCCAUUUAUAGGCAUACUUAUUAUCUGUCUUAUAGAUUUCAGUUCUUGCAUAUUUUAGUAUCCAGUUUAGGAAAAUUUGAAGCCA